AUGAGGAGCCAGACGUCCUACACAAAGACAAUCAAGCUUAGUGAUGAGACUCCAAACGGGCAGCCAGAAGAGCCGGUAGCAGAGGGGAAAGAACCCGUAGAGACUGAUGGGAAGAACCCAGAGCCCCCAGAGCCUGAGCCAUUGCAGGCUGUGGUGGCUCAGGAGCCGAGUCCCGCUGAGAACGGCUCAAACCAGCUACAGCCUGGUGGGGUGAAAGAGCAAGCAGAGUCCGCUGUAAAGGAAGAGGGCCCUUGCUCUCCCCCACCACCCGAGGAUGCCAAUUCAAUCAAGAAACUCUCAGUUGAGCUGCCUAAUGAUAGCGUCCCUGUGCCAGCCAUGGGGAGAAAAGACUCAGUGUGGUCUCUGGGCGAGGGUCAAGCCCCAGAGGAGCUUGACAAACCCAUCGACACCCCACCGCUGUCCACCCUGCUGAUCGAGGCCCCUCAGAGUGCCACCGUCGCUGUGGGUGGGGAUAUCACCUUUGUUGCUAAGGUGGAGGCCAAAGAUCUUCUCCGCAAACCAACCAUAAAGUGGUUUAAAGGAAAAUGGAUGGAUCUUGCAAGCAAGACAGGAAAGCACCUGCAGCUGAAAGAGACCUUUGACCGGUUAACUAAGGUCCACACAUUUGAGAUGCACAUCAUCAAGGCCAAAGACAACUAUGCUGGAAACUACAGGUGUGAGGUCACCUACAAGGACAAGUUUGACAGCUGUUCUUUUGACUUGGAAGUUAAAGAAGCUGAACAGAGCUCAGGACAGAGUAUUGACAUUCGAUCAGCUUUCAAAAGAAGCAGUGAAGGACAAGAAGAUGCAGGCGAGCUUGACUUUAGUGGUCUCCUUAAACAUAGAAAUCAAAGGGAGCCCAAACAGCAGGAUGACACUCCAGAAGUGGACGUGUGGGAGAUCCUGAAGAACGCCCGGCCAGAUCAGUAUGAGAAGAUUGCAUUUAUGUACGGCAUCACAGAUCUGAGGGGUCUGCUGAAGAGGAUGAAAAAGAUUCCCAAAGAGGAGAAGAAGAGCGAAGCUUUUGCAAAGAAGCUGGAUCCAGCAUAUCAGGUGGAUAAAGGUGGAAAGAUCCGCUUAGUGGUGGAUCUGGCCGACCCCACGGUGGAGCUGAAGUGGUACAAGAACGGGCAGGAAAUCAGGCCAUCUCCCAAUCAAAGGAAGUAUAUUUUUGAGCACAAAGGCACGCAAAGGAUUAUGGUCAUCAACAACUGCACCAUGAAUGAUGACGCAGCCUAUUCAGUGGCUGCAGGAGAUGAGAAAUGCACCACAGAGCUGUUUGUCAAAGAGUUACCUGUUAAGGUAGUUAAAGGUCUUGAGGCUGUGAAGACCACAGUGAAUGAGAGGAUUGAGCUGGAGUGUGAGGUGUCAGAGGAAGGUGCUCAAGUCAAGUGGAUGAAAAACGGUGUUGAGGUUCCAACAGGGGUGCGCUCGAGAUAUCGAGUUAAGUCUGAAGGAACCAAACACUACUUGGUGAUCGAUGACGCCUCCAGAGAGGAUACUGGGACUUAUUCCAUCAUGGCCACUGGUGGAACAUCUGAGGCUCAUGUUCAAGUUGACUUGAAACCACUGAAGAUCUACCAGGACCUGCAGGACAUGACAGUGAAGCUGGGUCAGCCCAUCAAGCUGCACUGUGAGAUCUACCCAGGCAACGUCCCAGGCCGUUGGUACAGGAACGGACAGCUGAUUCAGCCCAGUGAUCGCCUUAACAUCAUACACAGGAACAAAGUCCACCGACUUGAAAUUGAGACCAGCUCCCUCCAUGAUGCAGGAGAUUACACAUUCGUACCUGAGGGAUAUUCACAGAGCCUGUCUGCCAAAAUCCACAUCAUUGACCCUCCUAAGGUACACCUGGACAGCUUGAACUUCCCAGACAACACUGUCACAGUUGUAGCAGGAAACAAGCUUCGUUUGGAGAUCCCCAUUAGCGGAGAACCAGCACCCAGAGUGGUGUGGAUGAAGGGAGAAAGGGUGAUUCUUGAGUCAGGCCAUCGUGUCCGAGCUGAAACAUACGGCGACCAGACAAGCCUGACGAUUGAGGUCACAGAGCGGGAGGACUCUGGGAACUAUAAGAUAGUCUUGCAGAAUGAGGCUGGUGAGGAUACGGCCAGCGUCAGAAUCAAGGUUGUUGACAUCCCUGACCCACCUGAAGCUCCCCUGGUCCCAGUGGUGGGUGGCGAUUGGUGUUCUAUGACAUGGGAACCACCCAAAUACGAUGGCGGUUCCCCAAUUUUAGGCUAUUUCAUCGAGAGGAAAAAGAAACAGAGCUCUAGGUGGAUGAGACUGAACUUUGACCUGAUCAAAGAACUGUCAUUUGAACCCAAGAAGAUGAUUGAAGGAGUGCCUUAUGAAGUGCGGAUCUUUGCAGUCAAUGCCAUCGGUGUGUCUAAGCCCAGUGAACCAUCCAAAGCCUUUACUCCUCUUGCUGUGACCAGUGAGCCCACUAUGCUGGUUGUGGAUGACGUCACCGACACCACAGUGACCGUGAAAUGGCGCCCUCCUGAAACCAUUGGAGCUGCUGGUCUGGAUGGCUACUUAGUGGAGUACUGCAUAGAAGGAAGUGAUGACUGGGUAGUAUCCAACAAGGAGCUGACAGAGAAAACCAAGUACACCAUCACGGGACUGACCCCGGGAUGUAAGAUUUUAGUUCGUGUCAAAGCCAUCAAUGCAGCUGGAGCCAGCGCUCCACGGACCCUGCAGCACUCAGUCCUGGUCAAAGAGGUUAUUGAACCACCCAAGAUCCGAGUCCCACGACACCUGAAGCAGACAUACACUCGCAAAGUUGGAGAAGCAGUCAACCUCGUGGUGCCGUUCCUGGGCAAACCCCGGCCGAAAGUCACCUGGCUGAAGGAGGGAAAGCCCAUAGAGCCUACGCACGUUAGCAUCCGUAACACAGACUGUGAUAGCAUCAUCUUCAUCCGUAAGGCAGAGCGCAGUCACUCUGGGAAGUAUGACAUGACAGUGCAGGUUGAAAACCACAUGGACACAGCAAUUCUUGACAUACAAAUCGUAGAUCUUCCUGGACCUCCUGUGAGUGUUACUAUUGAAGAUGUUUGGGGAGGAAAUGUAGCUCUGGUCUGGACCCCUCCCAAAGACAAUGGCAACGCCCCAAUAACAGGCUACACCAUUCAGAAAGCAGACAAAAAGACAAUGGAAUGGUACACAUGCAUUGAACACUACCAUCGCACUUGCAUCACCAUCACAGAACUGGUGGUUGGGAACGAGUACUUCUUCAGGAUCUUCUCUGAGAAUAUGUGUGGUCUGAGUGAAACCGCCACCCAAACCAAAAAGAGCGCUCUCAUCGUCAAAGAAGGCAUGCAGGUGAAAAUGCCAGAGUACAGCGACCAUGACUUCAAGGAGGCGCCGAAGUUCACACAGCCGCUAAUCAACACAUUUGCGAUUGCCGGCUACAACGCUACUCUUAACUGUAGUGUCCGUGCCAACCCAAGGCCCAAAGUGAUCUGGAUGAAGAAUAAGAUAGCCAUCAUCGACGACCCACGCUACCGUAUGUUCAGCAACCAAGGAGUGUGUACCCUGGAGAUCAGGAAGCCCAGUCCGUACGACGGCGGCAUGUACACCUGCAAGGCCAUCAACGACCUGGGAGAGGCCCAGGUGGACUGCAAGCUGGAGGUCAAAGGAGGCUUCACCUUCUUCGAACUCAUGCAACGCGGAGUUCCCCUACACCUGAUUGACAAGUACAUGAACGAAGCAAAGAUUGUUGAGCAGGAGAAGUAAAACUGAACACAGUGCAAUAAGACACUUUGGCUUUGCAGACAUCUGCCGCCACUAGUGACCCUUUUCUCUCAUUUACUGAGGUCAGCGACCUAAAGGCGGAUGGAGGCUGGACAGGUGGAGGGGUGUGAGGGAGAGUGUGCUGGUCUGUGGUGUGGCAUGCUGUGUGCAGAUUUAAUGGUAGUUACCAUAGGAAAAAAAAGCCAGUUCAUCUUCUUUGUCGCCCUGUCGUGUUUGAAAGACUGUCAGCUCACAUGCAUGUCGGCAGUGUUUUGGUUCUCGCUUUAAUAAGGACAUUUAGUGUGUAAAAUAAAAUAUACAAAACACAUGUAGCACAAACAGUGAUGCACAUCUACAGUAUUGCCAUGUGGAUUUUUGUUGGGAGUGCUUGUUGAAGGAGAAAAUUUGCUUCUAGGGUCUGAAAGAAGGGGAAUGAGAAUGUAUAAACUAAGGUUUAUUGUUUGUCUGGUGUCAGUGGACUUCUUUAUGGCAAGAAAAAGGACAACUUGUUGGAUAAAUGAAUGCAUUGACCCUUCUGAUAUGAAUCACUUUAAUAUUUGUUAAUUUCACUUUUUCCUGUGUAGUUUAAUUCACUGAAAAAAUGUAGAGGUUUACACCAAGUCCAUAUUCUGCAUGAGACAUUAUGAUUUUUAGAUUCAUAUAGGACUGAAGUUUGAUUGAGGCUCAGUCAUGUGCGCAUGCCUUUACUUUUGUAAUUACAAUAAAACAUACAUUUGAAG